AUGCUUAAUAGAGUAAACAAAGAAAUUAAAGAUUUAACUGAAAAUCCUACUCCUGGGGUUGAAGUAUAUCAAGAUAAAGAAGAUAGAUUGAAGUCUAACAAUUUUUAAUAUUAGAAUACAUUUCACAUUGUCUGGACUUGGGAGCCCUUUGGAAAAUUAGAUAAUUCCAUUUUGGAUUGAUGUGCCAUAAAACUAUCCUUUCUCAAACCCUUUUAUAAAAAUAAAAAAAAUAAUUUUUCACCCCUUAUACUUUAAUGAUAGAGCUGAAUGCUGUGAUUGUUGGUGUAAGGUAAAUAUUCAAAAAAAUUAUAGUCGAAAUGGUAGCCUUCACAUACUAUUAAGAGCCUAAUUAACGAUUUAAUUGAUAUAUUGUUAAUGCCAAGGGUUUCACAUCCUAAUAUAGCCACAAGCAUAUUGAAUCACAGUAGGUUUGAAUAUUUUGAGACAGCACUGAUGUAUUAUAAAGAAGAAAAAUAAUGGGAACAAAGUGAAGUAAACUUUGAAGAGAUAGUUAAUCUUCCUUGUAAACUUAAUCAUAGCAGGCCAAUAGUAGAAGUGAUAAUAGAUAAAAAUUUUAAAUCAGAUGAAAUGCUUAUUUGUCAACUAUGUUAAUUAUCGAUAGGUGAUAUCAAAAGAAUUGAUAUUAAUUAACUUUAAUAAAAUUUAGUUUGUAAUAGAAGGAAUCGUAAUGUAAUUAUAGAAGAUUUAGAAAAUAAAUUUUUAACCUAAAUAGAUAACUUCUAAAAAUGUAUUGAAAAAAUAUAAGAUCUUGACAACUAAGUAUUCCAAGAAUUGCUUUAUUUAAAAAAUGACUGGAUAGUUUCUAGUUUAAAGUUUAAAUAAAAACUUUGUUCAUUAACUAUUUUAGAAGAAAUUGAGUUGAUUAAAUAUGAACCUAAAGAAUACAAAAAAUAGGUCAAAUAAGAAAAAUAAUAAAUUGAUGGAUUAUUUUUAUAAAAGAUUUAUUCUUGUAUCGAUAAGCUAGUACUUUAGUAAAAUCGAUAAAAUUUAAUGGAAGUAAUUCAAAAUAUUUUUAAUAAACCUCAAUUAAAGUUUAAAUUUCAUAAUAUACGUUAUGAAUUUAUUAGACCUAAUAGGAUGGUUAAUUAUACAUUUUCAAUAAACUCUGAUAAUACUUUAAUGGUAACUUCAGAAUUAUUUUCAGGCUCAAUGGUUUAGAUUUAUUAGAUCGUAAAAGGAUAAAAUGAUGGUUAAUACUAAAUCUCCUAUCUUAGAGCCUAAUCUUUUAGGAGUAGGAUCAUUUAUAUCAAAUUUCUAUUUAAAUAAAAAUUUACAUUUGUUAUAACAACCGAAUUUAGAGGUUUAUACAUUAUGUACCCAAUAGAGUAUAAUGGGGAAGAAGCAAUUAAAUGGGAUUUCAAAUAAUAUAUUGAUGAUUGCGAAUAUGUUAAUUGUUUAGAAGUUAGAUAAUCUGAUGAUUUAAUUGUAACUGGGCAUAAGAAUGGAAAUAUAAUGUUUUAUAUUUCAACAACAAAUUAACCAAUCUAAAAAAUUACUGAAUCAAAUACAGAAGUUUGGGGAUUAUCAUUUAACUAAUCAGGUAAUAUGCUUUUAUCUUGUUAAUAGAAUAAUGAAAUUUUUCUGAUGAUGGAAUAAAAGGAAGGAUGGAGUAUUAAAUAAAAAAUUUUAAUGGAUGGAUUUGGAUACAGAUUAAGUUUUAUAACAGAUUAAAUUUUUGCAAUUCAAACAAGAACUCCAAAACCCCAUAAUUAAAUCUAUAUUUAUACUUCUGAUUCAAAUGGUUAAUUUAUUAAAAGUGGAUCACUUUUUGUUAAUGGAGGUAAUUAGCCUUGUGAAAUCUUCUUUCCAAUGUAAUACAUUCCAAGUAAAUAACUCCUGAUUUCGAAGAAUGGAUAUUAUCUUAAUGUCUUAAAGUUGGCUUUCUCAAAUUAAUCAAGGCUAGACAUUGAAAGAUGCCGCUUAGAAUAGUCUAUAUAUUUUGGAACCAAUUUCUUUUAUGGGACAGUGAGUAAUAACGGAGAAUUUAUUAUAUCCAUGUCAUAGGCUUUUCCCUAACAAUUCAAUCAUUCCUUAGAAAUAUUAAUUGGAACUUUCAAAUAGAAAUUCUAAUAGAAAAUAUGA